CGGUCUGACGUCGUGCCAUUGACGAAGCGAUAUGUAAAUCACGUGGCCACGGAUCUAUAUAGGUAGAAUACAAGCGCGAAAACAGCACUACUAGCAAGAGAGGCUGAUAGAAAGUCAGACGUCAGAGUCGAUCGUGUUUCUUGAAAUGAGGUGAAAAUUACAAAACUCGCGAAUCUCGCAACUACGUUCACGCUUCUAUGUCGUUCAUAGCUCGUGGUCGUGACUCGCACUUCGACGCGUCCUGGCCGACUGUCCGGUUGACGUUUUGCAUUUUGAAGUGUUAAGUAUUUGCACGAAAAGAUGAGCAUCCUUGCGUAUAACGGUGGCGCCGUGAUAGCCAUGAAGGGUAAGAACUGCGUAGCUAUAGCAGCCGAUCGCAGAUUCGGUAUACAGGCGCAGACGAUAACGUGCGACUUCCAAAAGAUCUAUGAGAUGGGACCACACUUGUAUGUCAGCUUGCCAGGUCUUGCCACUGAUACCCAGACAGUCAUGGAGAGAUUGCGCUUUCGCUUGAAUCUAUAUGAGCUAAAGGAGAAUCGAAAGAUUCAUCCAAAAACGUUCACAGCUAUGAUCUCAAAUCUCCUGUAUGAGAGGAGAUUCGGGCCGUAUUUUGUAGAACCUAUAGUCGCUGGACUGGAUCCAGUCACGUUUGAGCCAUUCAUCUGCAACAUGGACCUGAUAGGCUCCAGGAAUAUGGCUGAGGACUUUGUGGUAGGUGGAACGUGUACGGAGCAACUUUAUGGUAUGUGUGAGUCGCUUUACGAGCCUAAUUUGGGGCCUGAAGAGCUAUUUGAGACUGUCAGCCAAGCUUUAGUCAAUGCGUUCGAUCGGGACGCGAUAUCUGGAUGGGGUGCUGUUGUUUAUAUUAUAGAAAAGGAUAAGGUCACGAAAAGAAUUGUAAAAACACGAAUGGAUUAAAUGCAUUCAUCUUUUAUAUCAAUAUGUGCGACAAAAAUUUCAUAAUUAUUGUUGUAAUUAAGUCUAAGAAAUAUAA